UCUGGCCAUUGACGUAAGAUUGAGGUCAUUCUUUACGCUUAUGUUAAAGAAUGAUUGGUCGGCAACAGGCGUUCAUUUUCAUUCGCAUGUACGAUUUUGUACCAAAGAGUAAAUUAAUUUAUUGUUUUGUACAUAGCAAAACAUCGUAUUAAACCAACGUAUAGUUCAUGUUUUACAAAAAGUAAACAAAUUAAGACAUAUACACAACUUUUAAUAUUGUUAGGUAGUGACUCUUAAACUUUAAAGUGAAAUUAUUCGAAAGUGAACUAUGGAAAGUAACAAAUUAUUAAUAUUCACUAUAAUAUUUCUUCUGGAUAUAGGCACAAGUCAUCCUAAACGAUAUAAUCCUAGCAGUGAUUUUUUACUACAUGAAGCUGGCGGCGUUGCACCUAAUUUAAAAAAUGAUUAUGCAGCCCAAUUUCCAAGUUUGCCAUCGGCGAACCCCAGUCCUAACGUUAAUGUUAAUUCGGCCAUUACGACAAAACCACAAUCAUCUGGUAAGAGGGAUUAUGUCGCCCCUCAACGGAGUACAAACAGUCCUACAUCAUCAACACCGUCUAAGCCUACAGCUUUAGUGACUAAUCCCACAUCACCGAAUUCGCCUAAAAGAGAUUAUGUAGCUCCUCAGUGGCCUACAUUAAAACCAGUAGGAUCAACACAAAAACAAGGAAAUGCGUGGACAACUCCAAUGCCAUCUACUGCACCUAAAAGAGAUUAUGUCGCACCCAAUUUUCCAUCCAUGAAACAAGAAAAUAAUCAAAACGCAGGAAAAGUGAAAGAUCUUAUUAAUUUUUAUGAUAGUAAAUCACCUUCUGGAACGACAUCUCGUCCAAGUUACAGUUCUAUUUUAAACGGACAGAAAGAUAACCAAAUUCCAAGUUCAAAAGCAACUCAAUCUCCAGGAAAUACUCCUAAACCACUUAGCUUUAGCUCUGUCGCAUCAGGCCCAAAAAAUCCUAAUUCUGGUGUACCUCUUACGACUAUAACUACUCCAAGAACCUCUAGUAAGCCGUCAUACUCAAAUCGAAAUCAAUUCAACAAUCGUCCAUCAAGUCCUGUUUUACCCAGCUCUUUAGCGAAUAACAAUCAAGUUACAAACUCAAACGAACCAACCGAUACGGAAUUACAAACUGUCAGUGAAGAGCUUCUGCGAAAAGAUGUUAAUAAUGCAGCUAGAUAUAUAACAGUCAAUUAUCAAACAAAAACUACAUCACAGUCUAAGGACGAUAAAGCUCCAUCACCAUUACUUGUUAUUUCGCCAGACGUAUGGAAUAUUCCGACAGUUCAGCAGUUUUUGCCGCUAUUAGACAACUAUGAAAGGGAUACCUUAAUUAACGAGCACGUUACACCCCAAGAAAGAACUGAAGAAAACAACUUCAUAGAUGCAAUAAUGGCUACGAGUGUAAUUCGUCAUUUAAUGAACUUUUUAAAAGACAAAGGCUACGUUUCACCAGAUCCUAAACAACAAAGAGAUUUUCUGAAGCAAAUUUGGUUUGGUUUGUAUUCCAGAGGUAAAGGUAAAAUUAGUAGCUCUGGAUUCGAACAUAUAUUUGUGUCAGAGCUCAAAAAUGGAGAAGUCUCAGGAUUGCAUAACUGGCUAUAUUUCUCCAAAGAAGAAGUAGCUAAUCGAAUUAAUUAUUUGGGUUACUUAAAAUAUGUCGAGUUUAAUGAUAAAGGAGCUGUAAUUAAAAUGCAUUUCAAUCAGCAAGGAGUGGAUAAGCCCGUUGACACAAUGUUCAUUGGAACAUCACCCGAAUUAGAGAUAGCAAUUUACACUUUAUGUUAUGUUACUCGUGUUGGCAACGACUGCAAACUUAAACUUGGAAACAAAGAUGUAGAAAUAGUUACUCAUAACUUUAGAUACCGUAGCAAAAAUUAUAUUGGUAGUGCUUACCCUCAGAUAUAAAAUUAGCGCACUUUAAUGUUUCAAAAUAAUUUAUAUAGGUGAUAAAUUUUCUUUUUUCAGCUUCAUUUAGUUACCAUUUUUUCAUGUUUUUAUUUAGUAAACACCUACGAGUAGGUAUAUGCAAAUUUUACUACAGUACAUUUAAUGCUAUAUUUUUGGGGUAGAUAUUUGGAGCGCGAGAUCUAUUCUGUAUCGAUUUUGACGUAGGUUUUACAGGUGUUUAUUAUAUACUUGUUGUCUCCGAUUCUCCGCUCCGGUAUAUCAAACUUAGACUAAUCACAUAAGGAUCUGCCUCUAGACGUUAUUUUUCUAUCAAAGUUUGUGAUCAACGAUCUAAUGCGAUUAUAAAAACUGUCAAGAAUCGAUGUUUCAUACGAUUACAAAAGCGUGUUCGUCGGUUAAAGAGUUCCGUACAAAUACCUUUUAUGACAUAUAAUUUACCUACUCUGUAUUUUCUUUAAAAAAAUACAUAUAGCACCUACUCAUUUAUAAUAAAAUAAUACUCAAUUUUUAAA